AAAUCUGGCCGGGGAGGAGCCAGGUAGCAGCUACGCUGACACGUAAGAAUCCUGCGUAAAUUUUAAGGAGGAAGCUACAUCUUUUCCUUAAGUUGAAUGUCGAUACGGCUACCUCGCGUCAGAUUUGAUGUAUAGUUGACCUGUCACGGACCAGAGGCCAGUUUGGACGCUUUUGAAGCGACGCGGGACUGUCAGACAGCGGAGCCGACGCACAAGAUGAGAUUUUCUGCGUUUAUUUCUGUCCUGCGGUCGGUCGGCCCGGUGGUAAUCGGUAUUUCUUUAGGGUUCACGCUGAGUUUAUUGAGCGUUAACUGGACGGAAGACGCGUGUUACCUAGACGGCAAGGAGGGCGAGGAUGUGACUCUGGGUCUGGAUGGACAGCUCAAAGGAGCCCGAAAGCCCAACUCCAUUUCGACUAGAAAUGAUGUGGAGUCCGAAGACGACUUUGAACCAAGAAUAGUCCCAUAUAAACAAGUCCAACAGAGUACCCCAAAGAAAGUUUUCAGGGCUAAAUACAUAAGCACAGAGUUGGGGAUGCGAGAGCGUCUGUUCGUCGGCGUUCUGACAUCCAAAAACACCAUAAACACCCUGGGCGUAGCUGUCAAUCGCACCAUUAGCCAUCACCUGGACACCGUGAUCUUCUUCACCGGCAUGCGCAACCGCAAAGUCCCUCACGGCAUGUUUGUCGUCUCUCAUGGAGAUGAGAGAAUGAUAUGGAACAUGUUUCAGAAUAUCAGAUACAUUUUAGACCAUUACAUCAAUGAAUACGACUGGUUUUACUUUGUCCAAGAUGACGCCUACACAGAAGCUGACAGGAUCAAAGCCCUGGUAGAUCACCUGAGUAUGGAUCGAGAGCUUUACAUGGGCAGUCCUGAGGAGUUCAUAGGUGGAGAGAUGGAAGGGAGGUACUGCUACGGAGGGUUCGGGUACAUCCUGUCACGUUCCUUGCUCCUCCGACUCCAGCCCUUCCUGGAAAACUGUAGGAAUGACAUCCUGAGCGCAAGGCCUGAUGAGUGGCUCGGAAGAUGCAUCAUUGAUUACACGAACACAAACUGCGUCAGUGAAUACGAGGGGCUUCAGUACCACCAUUAUGAGUUGGGAAAAAACUCAGAUCCCAGUAAAGAGCAGAGUGAACAGUUAGAGAAAGCUCUGACUGUCCAUCCAGUGUCUGACCCUGAACAGAUGUACAGGCUGCACAGAUACUUCACUAAGAUUGAGCUCCAGAAGACUUAUGAUGAGAUUGCUAAACUGCAGGCAGAAAUAAAGAAUGUAAGUGUGGUUGCUUUUGAGGGCAACCGAACUGCCCAGUGGCCCGUGGGGAUUAAUCCACCUUUUGAGCCGAAAUCUCGGUUUGAAGUUCUGAAAUGGGAAUACUUUACAGAGGAGGAGAUUUAUUCAUGCAUCGAUGGCUCUCCAAAGUGUGAACUGCGCGGUGUUGACCGCAUGGAUGUGGCUGAUGUCAUUGACAUAGCCAUGGGAGAGCUGAACAAGAAGUACAAGCCUGUCCUCCACCUGAAGAAGCAGCAGCUGAUUAACGGCUACAGGCGCUUCGACCCCGUCAGGGGCAUGGAGUACACCUUGGACCUUCAGCUGGAGGCAGUUAACCAAAAAGGUCAUAGCCGUUCUAUCACCAAGCGGGUUCAUCUGGUGCGACCUUUGAGUCGGAUUGAGAUCAUUCCCAUGCCCUAUGUCACCGAAGCCACAAGGGUUCACAUCAUUAUACCUCUUAGUCUGCAGGACCGGCGCUAUGUCAACCAUUUCCUGGAAGUCUUUGCCUCAAAUGCUUUUGAGACCAGUGAAAAUGCCAUCCUAACAUUCUUGUUUAUUUAUGACCCAGUAGAGGCACAGCAAGUUAACCAGAAUGAUAUAUUUGCCAGCGUGAAAACUCAGAUUAAUGCUUAUGAACACAAAUACCCUAAAGUAAAAAUCCCAUGGAUAAGUGUCAAGACGGAAACACCAUCCCAGAUCAAAUUCAUGGACAUCAUGUCGAAGAAGCACCCGGUUGACACGCUGUUCUUCUUGGCUCACGUCAACACAAACGUCAAUUCAGAAUUUCUGAACCGCUGUCGCAUGAAUUCCAUAAACAACUGGCAGGUAUUCUUCCCCAUCCAUUUCCAGGACUACAACCCUGAUGUGGCCUAUCACAACCAGCAGCAUCCAGCCACAGUCGAUCUGGUCAAGGAGGCAGGCCAUUUUGACCUCAGGUCAUUUGAAGAAGCAUGUUUUUACAACUCAGACUAUAUGGCAACACGCACACGAAUGGUGGCAGACGUCCAAGAGAAUGAGGAGAUUCUAGAGACCCUUGACAUCUACGACAUGUUCGUAAAGUACUCGGGUCUGCAUGUAUUCAGGGCAGUGGAGCCAGCAUUGCACCAGCAGUACAGCUACCAAGCCUGCAACCCACGGCUUAGUGAAGACACCUAUCAUAGAUGUGUUCAGAGCAACUUGGAAGGUCUCGGUUCUCGCUCCCAGCUCGCCAUGCUGCUGUUUGAGCAAGAACAAGGAAACAGCACUUGAAAACACCAGUGAACUUAUGCUCCUACAUGUGUUUUUAAAUGAAUGUUAAAAGCGGUGUGUUUGUUGUAAAAUGUGAGCUAGAAUUUGGAGUGAACAGGAGCAACACAUGUAGUACCUCCCAUAGUUUAACCCUUAUCUUUGCCCUAAACACAACCUAUGUCUGGAGCUUUGGUUACAUAUGUGACUCUGCCUGACAUUCUCCGUCUUUCAGUGUGUAUCAAGGGUUAUUUGGUUUGUUAGAGUUUUUAGCUAGUUUGGAAAAAUGAAUGCAGUACAUUCUUAAUGAAACCUUUUUCUUAAAUGUUUACAGUACUUGUCCAUACAGAUAAGUUGCUAGAACCAAAUGCUUUUGCUGCUCUGACGAUUCUGAAAGCUGCGUUAAGCAAUUUUUGACCUCUAGGUGUCAGAAACUCACACUAGCAGAGCCUUGACGUAGUGCUGGCUUAUCCAGUUGAUUGUCCACUACACAUCCAGCAGCACAGGGUUACAUUGGUAACCCAUUGGAGUUGUCUUUCGCUCCAUGUGUCUAGUGUAAUUCCAAUAUUCACCGGGAUUUUAUCCUGUUUGGUCCAUUAAUUAAUUCCUGGAAGAAAUAUCUUUCUUUCGACCAUUUUGCAUUGGGGAGGUAGCAUGUAUUAGAUUAAUGUGAGAUAAUGAGCUGUGUACAGCUGCUUAUAGUUUUGUUUGGGGGGGUUGAAUCAGUUUAACCAAAACAAUGAGUUGAAAGUAGCAAAAAGCUGCUGUGGUUUGUUGCUUUUCAGUGCGAACAGAAGUACUAGCAGCAACACUUUCACAUUUUAUAGAAUGUCAUUUGAUUUUAUGUUAUUAAAGAUAUCGUUAAAUGGAGCUUCAAUGUAUAGCUCUAAUAGAUAUACAUUAGUAUAUUACACUACAGGUUGUGUGCCCCUUCACAAAGGGGCGUUGAAAUGUUGAGCUUUUGAUAUUUACUGAUUUGAGUAUUUACAAAAGCGCGUCUUUGUAUAUGUGCCUUGACACUGACUUUUCAUAUGUUAACUGUUUUGAAAUGAUCUUUGUUACACAAUUUUGCACUUCACCCCUGCAGGUGAUGCACAGCUGAUGUUUUUCAUUAGAAUUUUGGUAUUGUUACAACAUGAAUAACAGUUUUGAAUGGGUGGGAGAUAUUAUCUUUCACUGUGGAGAAAGCCUGUUACAUAGCUGGGUGAAUUGAAUAGGUUGUCAGUUAACCUUACAUUUUUUAAAGGUGACUUGGAAAUAUCAUGAUCUCAACCAUCCAUAGGUUGUACAUGUGCCUCAAAGCAGGGAAGGAAUUUCUAGAAAGUAUCUUCCGUUGGUCUUCAGAGGUCGUAGAUGAAGACUGUUGUAUUACAGUAGGCCAGCAGUGUGUAUUUGAGUUCAAUUUUUCUCCCUGAAACCUUUUGAUGUUGCAAGAAAUUUUACAUGCAGGAGGCAAAGGAGAAUUAUGAAUAAUUGGGGAAAAUCACCUUGGUAAAUGUCUAAAGUGAUUGCCCAGGUGUGUCAUCCUCAUUGAAGUAAGUGGUACUUUAAAACAGAAUUUAAUUAGUUUAGAAAUGAUUGAAAUCAAGAAUGUACGAAACAUUUUUCCACGUCACCAGUAUAGCAGACAGUUUUUAUACUCUAAAAGAAAAUGUUAAACUGUUCCAAAGUAUUUUGGACUGCAUCGUUAAAGAGUUUGUAAGUUAUUUAAUGGUGUCAUUGUCCUCCAUUUCCUAAGCUCAGUUUUAGAAAUGGUUGCUUUCUCCCAGUCACAGUGCAGUCUAAUGGGGGAGGCAUUUUCUACGUUAUAGAGCAGUGGUGGAGGUAGCGGUACUGGACACCAGAAAGUUAUUAGUAUAUUAUAGCCUAAUGUGCAAUAUUACAGAUAACACAACUGAAUUGAUGUCCAAUUGAGGACAGGACUUUUAAUUUCAUGGACAUUUGCUGCAAGUACAGCAGUGUGUAUAUCACAAUACUGUUCAUGACAUAAAGUAAGACUUUCUGUUCAAUUUUAGUAAGUACACUGUAAUUUCUUUUGACAAGACCUUUAAUGUAUUUUGCUGACACUAGACACUUUUCAUCAUCAAAUUUACUUUGAAAUACAUAAAAUUAAGGCAAGUCCUUUUUAUUUAACUUUGAUUGGAUUCAAAGUAUAUGUUACUUCAUCCACAGUGGUGGUCCUCAACAGUGCUUCCUGUAUUUUCUGCCAUGUGAACACAGACCAUUGAUGUCAGUUCUUGCUGACUUUUUGCAUUAAUUUUAUAACGCAUCUCUUUCUUGACGAGAGCAGUCUUUCACCGUGACAGUGCUCCAGCUCACGUACUAUGAAUGUUCUCCUUGAUUCUUUGAAGAGUAUGACACUAAUAAUGUGCAGGAUUGGAAACUGAAUCUUCCAAAAACCACUGUGAAAGAUAGAGGGCUGAGAUUACACUUUGAAGUUAUUGUUGUGAUCUGCGUCGUCUUUGCCUUCUGUAGACGUGAGAAGCUUAAAAUUAAGCGAGCGUGGCAGAUUAAUCACCCUGUGUUGUUAACACAGCCACCAUUGCUGAGCGAAGUCUCUAAGUAUUUUGUCCAUAACUUAUUUAUGUCAUUUCUUUAUGAAUUAUGCAGAUUCUGAAUACUUCCGCACUAACAGAGGCUUUCAUGACAUUCUCUGUACAUGUAUAAAUAUUUUAUAGACUCUAUUUUUAAGCCUUUUUUUAGCUUUAUUUACACAGCAAUUGAAAUUUUAUUAUUUUUGGUGACAACAUUAAACAUAUACUGUAUCUUACUUUGUAUUUUGUGCUGAAAAUCAUGUCAUUUUACCAUGAAGACAAUUUAAAAUGUGUGUAUUUCACUUUUAUUUUCAAUCAAGUAAUUGCAGGCUCAUUUUUAAAUUUCCAUUGAUGUUUGGACCUAUCAUUUACAUUAUUUUAUGCAUAUGGGUACUAGUAUAGCCAAAGCAAUACAUUUUAAUAAAUGCUCCUCACAUUUAAUUGUGUGCUGUAAUUCCCAAUGAACUGUGAAUUAUUGUAAUUUUUAAAUAAAGAAUAUUUGAAUAUAAA